AUGUACGCCAAUGCGUUCCCUUCUCCGGUGCGGAAUCGCAGUCGAUCUUCGCUAGAAGACAGGGGAAGCCGAAACUCGCUGCAAGACUUCUCGUUAGAAGAAACAGACCUCAAACAAGCACCAUCGUCACCACCACCUGCAUUCUCCAAUCCCGCUUCCUCCGCCGCCACCGUCGCCGCCGGUGCCGCGGCCGCGGUCACAGCCCUCAUCCCCGUAGCAGGCGGCAUUUUUUCCCGCUUAAGCAUGUUUCGUUCUAGUCCCGUAUCGGGUGGCAGGUACGUAUCUCAAGUCCGGCCUGAGCCGCGCGGCGGGAAGGACGGCUGCAGCGACAUCGACGAAGGCGACUCCGUCCACGGCGAAUCUUCCUCGCUGCUUCGCCCGGACGCGAAGCCGUUUCCUACGCCAACCGCUGCUGCUGGGGGGCUCUUCGGCGGGUAUUACGGCGGCGGCGGUGGCGGUGACGGCGGGUUUAGGAAGGGGAAGCGGAGACUAAGGACUCUGGCGGCGUGCGCGGCGCUGGUGGUGGCGGCACUGGUUCUGGCGGCGUGCGCGGUGGUCGACGUGGCGGACGCGUGGCUGGGAUUCAGAGGGACGCGACGGGCGGCGGGACUGGAGCGAUGCGUCCCGCAGGACAUCCCAGUACCAUCACUUUCCGAGAUGACAGUGGAGGAGAAGGUGGGGCAGAUGAUGCAGAUAGACGAGCGCGCGCUGGGAUACGGAGGCAACAUAACAGUGUACCAUAUCGGAUCAGUCCUUAGUUCUCAGGUGAGUGAGUCCCUCUCUCGUGUGAGCCCUUGCUGCAGAGCAAGCCUUUUCCUACUGCGCCCUUUUCUUGGGCUGGGAGGCAACAUCACAGUGUACCAUAUCGGAUCAGUCCUUAGUGGGGGGGGUGGGUGGCCGCAGUACGCCCCCAACACCCCCACAGCAUGGGCCGACAUGGUCGAUAACUUCCAAGCAAAGGCGCUCAACACUCAUUGGUUCCCCUCCUCCCCGUGUGCUGUUCCUCGUGUUGUUUCAUACGCCAGUGGGGGGGGUGGGUGGCUGCAGUACGCACCCAACACCCCAACGGCAUGGGCAGACAUGGUCGAUAACUUCCAAGCCAAGGCGCUCAACACACGGCUGCGAGUGCUGUUCCCUGUGUGCUCUUCCCCCCCUUACAACCCUCCCUCUGUUGUUUCUUCCUCCAGUGGUGGGGGCGGGUGGCCGCAAUAUGCACCCAACACCCCAACGGCAUGGGCCGACAUGGUCGAUAACUUUCAAGCCAAGGCGCUCAACACACGGCUGCGGGUGCCUGUGCUGUACGGAGUGGACGCGGUGCACGGGCACAAUAAUGUGGAGGGGGCGACUAUUUUUCCCCACCACGUGGGGCUGGGAGCUGCUGGGAACGCGAGUCUUGUGGAAGAGAUCGCUGCUGCUGUCGCCAAGGAAGUGGCAGCAACGGGGGUGCGGUGGACCUUUGCCCCUGCUGUGACUGUCUGCCUCGACCCUCGUUGGGGUCGCUGCUACGAGAGCUACGGAGCAGACCCGGGACUUGUAACGGAGCUUGCUAUAGCGGAGAUACGCGGAUGGAUGUAUGCAAGUACCUUGGAGCUAGAGAGCCAUUUGUGCAACAUUGUCACAAAAUUACGAUUUUCCAACAGGAUUACCGUCGUCCUCUUUUAUUCCUCCCAUUCUACUCUUCAGAAAGUGCCUCCCGAGGCUGGGAACUUUCCAGGAAGCGUCUUCAUGGCACCAACAGCGAAGCACUAUGUGGGGGAUGGGGGCACGAGGGGAGGCGUGGACCGGGGGGAGACAGUAGGGGGGGAGGCGGAGCUGAGGAAGGUGCAUCUGCUGCCGUACGUGGCAGCUGUAGCGGAGGGUGUGUCUACCAUCAUGGCCAGUUACAGCAGCUGGAAUGGUAUCAAGAUGCACGGCAACGGGUGA